GCACGGUCAAGUGAGGGCGGACUAGUACAUUUCGUGACAGGCAUGCUCGCAAACAGUUAUACACAAGGCUGCUCGACAAUCACUCCCUAAGAACGACUAUGCUCUUCUUCUCCAUCUGGCAGCUUCUAGCAAACCGUCCCAGCUAUAAACCAUCCAAAAGUGAUACUCGAAUGUAGAAGACACUCCCAACACCAUUGCACACCUUCUCACAUCCUCAUCCCAAAUAUUUGACUCCAUUUCUGACCUGCCACAUCUCCACCAUGCCCAUACCACCACCAACACAUUUCCCUGCCAUCUUCCACCCCACCGACCAUGCACACCGCCACCGACCAGCCGAGUACUCACCCGACCUCCGAGCCUGGGUCCAAGACGGCAGAAGAGUCGCAAACGUGAAGCCAGCCUACGCCUUCAUCUGGCCCAAAGACGGCAAGCGAGGCUCCACGCUGGGCCGCAUGAAAGACAUCCUCUCAGGCACAGGCCCUGACAUCCAUCUCUCCAUCAGUGCCGACAAGCGAGACCACAUGUACAACCGACAGAGGCGACCCAGAUGGUCCAAUUGGACGAACCUGGAUGAUAGCGGCCCCGACCACUCCAUCAGCUCCAAGCGCGCUCCUUGGACACAGAUGGGCAUACUGGGUGGACGGACCCCUGGGAUGAGCUACGACUUCCGCACCAGAAAAUACGCCAUGCCGGAUCGCUAUACGUGGACGGAUGCCGUGUGGCAGCGCGACGCAGACAAAUACACUUAUCCAGAAGCAGUUCGAACUCUCCGGGGUAAAUGGUAUCAGGAUCCACAGUGGCGGCCAUUCGCCUUCAACGGCCUCGAAGAAAACGACAUAGGGCAGAACAUCUUCGUGUAACCUGUCUCUCUUUUCCGCUGUAUUGGCGUUACCGUGGACGGGCCAUCAUCCAAGGCAGCUCUCAUGUAAAGCUGCCCACUCUACCUUCAGCGUCUCGUUCGUACCAACUUGCAUGCAGCGCCUUGCGGUGGUUGUAAGCGCAGCACUAUCCAGUAAUUUUUUACACUUGACACACGGCGUUCCUUUUAUGCUUUUGUAACUUGCAAUCAUGUU